AUGGCCAGACUCUGCCUGAGCCUGCUGUUCCUGGUGGCCACUGUGACCCUUGUGUCCAGAGGUGUCCACACCUGGGGCAGGUCGAAGGUGGUGAGGAAGUUCCAAGACAUCCCGGAAACUUACGUCUAUGUGCAGCAGGCCCUGUGGUUUGCCAUGAAAGAGUAUAACAAGACCAGCAAAGACAAGUACACCUUCAAGGUGGUAAAGGUCCUGAAAUCCCAGGAGCAGGUCACAGAGAGUUUGGACUACUUUCUUGAAGUCAAAAUUGCCCGAACAAUGUGCAAGAAAAUUUCAGGAGAAAAUGAAAACUGCUUAUUACAACAGGAUCCUCAAAUGCAAAAGUUGAAGAUGUUUCUUUGCACCUUUAUUGUUGCAACCAAACCUUGGAAAUUUGAGUUCACUAUGCUGAAGAAACAAUGCGAAGAGGUCUAA